UCCCGUGAGAGAGGUCGCGAGAGAUGAUUAGGGAAGAGGUUUGCGGCCGCGGCCUUGACGCUGUGAGAGGUCGCCGGGAAUGGACGAGGACGGGUUGCCGCUCGUAGGUUCGGGCAUCGACCUGACCAAGGCAGUCCCCGACUUACGACCAUCAUUGAGCCCAAAGUUUGCGUCGCUAAGCGAGACCAUUGUUAAGCGAGUUUUGCGUCACUUUGUACAACUCUGCCAUGGUUGUUAAGUGAAUCACUUCAGGGGUCAAGUUAGUAACUCCGUUGUUCAGUGAAUCUGGCUUCCCCAUUGACUUUGCUUGUCAGAAGGUUGCAAAAGAGGAUUACAUGACCCGAGGACACUGUAACGGUCCUAAAUAUGAGCUGGUUGCCAAGUGUCUGAAUUUUGAUCACAUGACCAGGGGGAUGCUGAAAUGGUGGUUCCAGCUAUCCAACAAAAGAGAACAGUGGCAUUUCUAAACCAAUUUGUGGUUCACACAGUUCAGUUCCUGAAUCGAUUUUCAACUAUUUGUGAAGAGAAAUUGUCAGCACUUUCCCUCCGUAUUCAGCAAAUUGAAACUUUGCUCAAUAUUCUGGAUGCAAAGUUAUCUUCUGUGCCUGGCCUAGAAGAUGAGAUCUCAAACACCAGUGUUAUGAAUGGCUCUGUCUCACAAACAUUGGUAGAUCCACAGACAACAAAUGUAUCCCCUAAUGUGGAGACCAGUGUACCUGAGUUGGGGCAACAGAAGACAGAUGGAAAUGGUGAAAAUGUCAUCACUGUAGCAAAGGAUCCACGCUAUGCUAGAUACCUCAAAAUGGUUCAAGUGGGUGUUCCUGUUAUGGCAAUAAGAAACAAAAUGAUUUCUGAAGGAUUAAACCCAGAUCUUCUUGAAACACCAGAUGCUCCAGUGCCUGCAUGGGGAGAUGAAACAAAUGCAGGAGAAAGUUCUGAUAGUGAAUCUUCAUUUAGCGACUAAUGGUGUUGCCCUUGGUGGGGAAAUGUUUAACUUUUCUUUAAAAGCACUGUCUCGUCUUUCUCGCUGUUUAAUGCAGAUGUACAAACUUGUAACAUGCUUUCCUGAAUUUCUUGAGCCAUAAUGAGGUAUUCUCUAAAAGCAGCAGCUUUGCACAGUAAUAUAUUCAUUUUGUAUAGAAUUUAGAUUAAAAGCCCAGUUCAGUAAAACUGGCACAUUAUGUAAUUACAUUCCUUAUAUAAGAUAUGGUGUCUUUGACUUAGGUAAAUGUUGUCCUAAGAAUAUCCAGGGUGAAGCUGAAGAUAGGAUUGGACUCACACACACCCUCUUUCCAUCUAAAUUAUGCCACCCUGCAUAACUUUCGAUAGUACAUAAUCUUGUAAAUUACAAGGAUUAUUUUUAUAUCUAUUCCUGGUAACAGUUCAGAAUUCAGUGAAUGCUGAUCCGUGUCUCCAUGUUGUAGGAGAAUUCAAAGCACCAUAUUCUUCCUUUGGGAUAGGUACACACAUUUUGUUUGUUCCAUGAUUUAAGAAUUGAAAAUAGGAGUGGCAGGAAGGAGGACUGAAGACAAAAAGGAAUGCUGUCUGUUUGAAAUGAACGGGCAUCAUUUUGUUUGGGCAAGCUACUAGAUGUUGUUAUACUGCCUCUCUUUUUGUUUUUUUUCUUAUAGUAUCCAGUUACCAUCGUUGCAAAUAUAACCUUUGGAUAGUAGCAGAUUGUAUCGCUGUUAUCCUGCCUGGCAAAGCAUAUGUGGUUUUUCCUUGUUAUAAAAUAUUCUUCUUGAGAAUUACAGUGAAUUUAAUAUAUGGAACAUGUGAAAUAUAUAAAAAUGAAUAAAUUCUGAACACUGUUAGAAAGACAUAAUUUCCUAACUUUUCACAUGAUAACAAAGUACUGAUAAAUUGAAGGGGUGUGAUAACUAAACAACCCACAACAUUACAUUGUUUCAAAAGGCUGACAUUUACUCAUCAAUUUUUUUCCAAAACCAAUUAGUCUUCUUAUAGAGAAACAUAGUAAUGAAUGAUUAGAAACAUAUCCUUCUAGAUUUUUUUUAAAAAAAGAAAAAAUUACUAGGCCCCUUCAUGUAUUAAACCAUGCAUAUAUUUUCAGAGUUUGGUCAAUUUCAUCAAUAAUAUUAAUUACACUAAAGGCCAUUAUAGAUUUUAAAUAUUCUGUAAGUGCAUAUAUGAACCGCAUUUUCACAAAGUGCUAAACCUGAAUCUGAUGGAAUGCCUUAAAAUAUAGCAAGCAAAUGGUUGACACACCCCAUCUCCAUAUUUUAUUGGGCUCUGCUUCUCCCAAUAAUAGAAAGUGUUUUCAGUACUGUUAAUUAUCUCUGAGCUGGAAGUCUUAAUUACUCAUUAAAAAUAUAUUCUGGCAUUUGAAAUGUAUUUACAGUUCCUAGUUUGUUUGAGAGUCUAGUUGAAAUCUAUCCUAAUUCUCACCCCUCCUAAUGCAUUUCUGGCUACUGAAGCAUCAUCUGUGAUCCAGAGAAACCAAAAAUGAGCUGGUGUGCUGUAACAUGCAUAUAAAGAAAAAUCCAAAAUAAUUUAUGGUUUUUGCAUUUAUGUUCCUUUACUGGAACCUUACAUUACUAUUGUUCCAUUCCAUCUGUCCUGACUGCUGUUAGCUGUGACUUUCCCACUUAAAGGAAAAUAAAUGUAUUGAAGGCGCCCUCAGAUUGUCUUCCCACGUCACCCGCCUGAGUUUGUUUGAGGUCUACUAACACAUCCUGUAUAUAACGGAAGCCAAGAUGGCCAUUAUGUAGCAAUAUCAAAGUUCAAAGAAUCUCUGAAGUAUGGUCUUCUUGGUUAGCAGAACUGUAGUUAUGGCUCUGAACUGGAAUCUCUUGCUAAAUAAGUUGGGACAAAGCAUCCCAGACCAUUUAGUGCAACCUGUUUCACAGAAGGUCAAGGCAUCUUGUUUCAGGAAAUAAAUUUAGAAGUGUAGCAUGUUUAUAUAAACUAAUACUUUGAUUUGCUGCCUAAUGAAAUGCACAUUAUAUCCUACAUUAUAUACUACAGCAACUGGAACUUGAUUUUGUAUUAUUUGAAAAUAAGCAAAAAUUACGUUUUGUACUUUAAAAUGGUGGUUCUAUUGCUACAUGUAGAAUCUCUUUGGAAAUAAGCAAAUAACACUGGAAAAAUCAUAAUUUAAAUGCAUAAAUUGUGUUGAUAUAGAUUGUAUUGCAACAGGAAACAAAUUGUUCUCUGAUGGUUAUCAAAUUAUUAAAAUGUAAUGUGUGUAAUAUAGUAAUACAUGUGCUUCAUUAAUACAUUAAAUCAGUAGAAAAGCAAUAAUUACGUUUAAAAGAGAAGUAAUUAAAAUUUAUUUUAAUUAAAUAAUAUUUAUUUUAUUAAAAUUGUAUUUAUUUAUAAUUAAAUUUUAUUUUAAAAACA